UUUAACAAGGAGAUGAGCGCUGUGAGAACUUCGGUCGAAUGGAACUUUAAAGUGAUGAAAAGCCUCUGGGCGUACGUCGACUUUAAAAAAGGGCUAAAAGUUCGCCUCAACCCCGUUGGCAAGUUCGUCAGAGUGGCAAUGCUGCUCACUAACUGCCAUACCUGUUACUACGAAGGAAACCAAAUCAGCUCUUACUUUGAGUUCAAGCCUCCAUCACUACAAGAAUAUCUAGAGUUGUAG